AUGUCUCUCUGGGCUCGCGAACCGACGACAGGAGCAGAUGCCAGCUACCAAACUGCAGUGUGGGCAUACUAUCGAUACUAUCCGUCCAAGGCAGCCGCCAUCCUCUUCACUAUUCUGUUUCUGAUCACUACCUUUGUCCAUCUAUAUCAGCUGUUUCGUCGCCGGACUUGGUUUUUCAUUCCCUUUGUGAUUGGGGGCUUCUUUGAAUGGGUUGGAUAUCUUGGCCGUAUCCUGUCCAGUCAGGAAAGCCCCAACUGGUCAAUGGGGCCCUAUAUCCAACAAACCCUCUUGCUCUUGUUGGCCCCAGCGCUAUUCGCAGCUUCGGUUUACAUGAUGCUUGGACGGAUUGUGGUGCUACUAGAUGCUGAGCACCUUUGCAUAAUCAAGAAAAAGUGGCUCACAAAAUUUUUCGUGUGUGGUGACGUUUUAUCUUUCACUGUCCAGGCUGCUGGUGGCGGUGUUAUGGCCAGUGGUUCUCUCUCAGCCGUACACAAUGGUGAGAAGAUUGUUAUCGCAGGCCUUCUUAUACAGAUUCUUUUUUUCGGCCUCUUCAUUGUUACCUGCGCGAUCUUCCACUGGCGUCUGAUCAAGGGUCAGACAGAGAAAGCAAUAGAAUUGAACAGCGCCUGGCGUAAACACCUGUGGAUCCUCUAUGCAGUCAACUUCCUCAUUAUGAUUCGGUCAGUGUUUCGGCUCAUUGAGUAUGCAAUGGGUAACAACGGCUAUCUGCUGCGGCACGAGGCAUUCCUCUAUGUAUUUGAUGGAGUUCUUAUGCUAGCGGCCAUGAUCCUGUUUAAUAUCGUCCAUCCCAGCAGUCUGAUACCGAGCAGGAGGAAAAGCCUCGAGCAGGAUUCCUCCGCAGCCUAA